AGAGGCAGCGUUAUCUCCCAGCAGUCGUCACACCUCUCUCCUCUACAUCCGGACACACAAGAUCAUCAGAGGGGCUUUUAUCAGCUACAAUCUCCUAUCCAGAGGCGACCCCUGAAAAGUGAUCAACUAGCAACCAGCUCGAGCCAUUCCGGAAAGACUGCUCUUACAAGGACGCUGUUUCCUGCAUCUUCCCUUUGGGGCGUGGAUGUUUGUAGCAUCUUUAAUGUUGCUGCUAGCCCAAGCUAACAUGGUAUAUGCUUCUCUCUCAGAUACUAUUAAAUACCGCGCUUUGUGUCGCAAGAAGAGAGUUAAAGGUGAAUGUAAACUCUAGGUUUUUUCUAAACCAGAAUCCUGCAGCACCCUCAAUAUCUAGAUUGACCUGUGUGCCAAUGGAUAGUCUCUUCUGAAGCAUGCAGUGAGGGAGAGCACUACUGAUUCCAUCUGCACAGUAAACCAAAGCACUGACUGCUUUUACUUCAAAUUUUGAAUUGUAUUUAUUUGACCCUAGAACAAUGCGUCCUGGAAUGGAAGCUGCGGACAUUGCAGUGGUGGCACUGUAUUUUGUACUGGUGCUACUCAUUGGAUUCUUUGCCAUGUGGAAAGCCAACCGGAGUACUGUUAGUGGCUACUUCCUGGCCGGACGGUCAAUGACGUGGAUGAUCAUAGGGGCAUCGCUGUUUGUCAGUAACAUUGGCAGCGAGCACUUCAUAGGCCUGGCUGGAUCAGGAGCAGCCAGCGGCUUCGCUGUGGGAGCAUGGGAGUUUAAUGCACUGUUACUUCUGCAGCUGCUCGGGUGGGUGUUCAUCCCUGUAUAUAUCCACUCUGGAGUUUACACAAUGCCAGAAUACCUUUCCAAACGCUACGGAGGCAACAGGCUCAAAGUGUACUUUGCCUUUUUGUCAAUUUUGCUCUACAUUUUCACCAAGCUGUCAGUGGACUUGUAUGCUGGAGCACUUUUCAUUAAGGAGUCACUGGGAUGGAAUUUGUAUUUGUCCAUAGUUUUACUUAUUAGUAUGACUGCAAUCCUUACUGUAACUGGUGGACUGGUGGCCGUAUUAUACACGGAUGCUCUGCAAGCAGUGCUAAUGAUUGGUGGGGCACUCACAUUAACUAUCAUGAGUUUAAUAAAAGUUGGUGGGCUCGAUGGCGUCCGAACCAAGUACAUGCAAGCUGUACCUAAUGUUACUGCUAUUACGGCUGCUGGAAACUUCACCUACUCCCCUUCUUGCCGUAUUCAUCCAAAACCAGACUCUUUGCGUAUCCUCCGCAGCCCGCUCGAUGAAGAUAUCCCGUGGCCUGGUUUCAUACUUGGGCAAACACCUGCUUCCAUCUGGUACUGGUGUGCGGACCAGGUUAUUGUCCAGAGAGUUCUAGCUGCCAAAAACAUUGCACAUGCCAAAGGUUCCACACUCAUGGCUGGUUUUUUGAAGAUCCUUCCCAUGUUUAUUAUAGUCAUUCCAGGUAUGAUCUCACGCAUAUUGUUUGCUGAUGAAAUCGCCUGCAUUGGACCAGAGCACUGUAUGUCUGUAUGUGGCUCCCAAGCUGGCUGCUCCAACAUUGCCUAUCCACGUCUGGUCAUGGCCGUGAUGCCUGUGGGACUCCGUGGACUCAUGAUGGCGGUCAUGAUUGCAGCUUUGAUGAGCGACCUUGACUCAAUAUUCAACAGUGCAAGCACUAUCUUCACUUUGGACAUUUAUCAAACUGUCCGGAGAGCAGCAUCUCAGCGGGAACUUUUGAUCGUGGGACGCCUGUUUGUUGUGUUCAUGGUGGGAAUUAGCAUCGCUUGGGUACCUGUCAUUAUUGAGAUGCAAGGAGGGCAAACUUAUCUCUAUAUUCAGGAGGUAGCAGGUUACCUUACGCCUCCAAUUGCAGCCCUGUUUCUGUUGGGUGUCUUCUGGAAACGGUGUAAUGAAAAGGGAGCCUUUUGGGGUGGCAUGACCGGCUUUGUUUUGGGGACUCUUAGACUAAUCCUAGCUUUUAUCUACCGUGCAGGUCGCUGUGACCAGCCAGACACUAGGCCUCUCUUCGUUAGUCAGGUACACUACAUGUAUGUGGCAGCCACACUCUUCUGGAUUUCAGGUUUUGUGGCUGUAGUUGUAAGUCUGUGCACCUCUCCACCAGAUGAGGAGCAAGUUAGGACAACCACAGUCUGGGGCCUGCAUAACCUUGAAAAGCGUCCAGUAAAGGACAGAGAGGAAAUUUACAGGCUGACCCACAAUGGCAGCAGUGGUGGUCCUUGUAAAGAAGUGCCCCUAGAUGUUUCCAAACAAAUGUGUCUUGAUGGGGCUGAUGUUAAACUCUUGGUUCUUUCCACUGAUCAUGACCCAGCCACUCCCAGUACUGAAGCGUCCCCUGUUACCUCCCCUGCAGAUCACUUUGGAAACACUGUAAGAGGAUCAGAGGAGGGCUGGCUCAAGGAGAGGAAGACCAAUACAUGUGUUAGAUUUCUGGACUGGCUUUGUGGAUAUAAAGAUGAAACAGAUGGAAAACAAAGUACUCAGCAAAAAGUAGUGCAGGAUGAAAUUAGAAUUGCACAAGAAUUAUUGUACGAACCCCCUGGAGUUAAACUUCUUCUCAACAUUUUCCUAGUGUGUGUUUGUUGUGUGGGUAUCUUUUUGUUCGUCUAUUUCUCACUUUAGUUAAACAUUGCUCUGAACUAACGGGGACAGUUGUGUUUUUGUGAAGAUACAUGUAAGAGAAUGGCACUGUUCCAAACAGUUAAACUUUUCAUAUAUUUGAGAAGCACUGUCUGUAAUAUUUACAGCUCUUUGUAGUAACUGAUACCAAUGUAUUGUAUAAGCUUUCUUAUCAAUGCCCAUUGUGUACUUGCAAAAUGUCUAUUUUACAUACGGUAGUUUUAUUAUAUAUAUAAUUUGCCUUAUUGAAUAUAUGCAUUUGUCCUGUU